AUGAUGCUACGAAGAUCAACAUUCCCACCUUUCAUACACCAAUACCAGGACAAGAGCCAUCUUCCCGAGCCAUUGGCAAACUGUAUGGGUAUUGCGAUUCUGUUCGCAUCUCGAAACGCAGACACGAGUCCGUUCUUAUGGCAAUCAAUUCAAAGGGAGCAGGAGAGAAACCUAAGCGAGAUGACAAGAUUCAGUAGAAAAGAGAUUUUCGCCUCAUUACAGGCAGAGUUGAUUUAUAUCAUCAUGCGUGUUGUUGGCGGCGGAGGCAGCACCCCAGGAGACUGCGAUUACAACACCCACAUGCUGUUAGCCUACGAGGCGCUUUGGAAACAUUUCAUGACCGUAACCGAGACACCUUGCAGUGUAGAGUCCAAGAGCUCACAACCAUGGGAAGACUGGGUCUUGGACGAGUCCCGAAUCAGAAUCGCCUGCGUAUGGUUUCUAGUAGCCCAAGUAGCCACUGUCAAAGUAGGCAUAUCUUGCAGCAUUCUGGACACAUGGAGAGAAUUACCACUUCCAUGUCACAAAAUACAAUGGGGUGCCACAACGCCAGAAUCAUGGGAGGAAGAAACAAAAGCUUUGGGAAGUCUCCCCAACCGAGGCAAGGAAAUGGCUUGUUUUGGGGAGCUUUUGGAAAGUCACCAACGUGCUAGCGAUCAAGUUCAUGCCGAAACGCUUGACAGAUGGAACUCAGGAGCCGAUAACAUUGGAGUGCUUCUAAAUUUAGCCACGGUAUUGAUGUAG